UGGUCAAUAAUUAUACGAAGUAAGUUUUAACCAAUAACCACAAAGAGUGUAAUAAGUAAAAAGAAAAAAUAAAUGUAAAACCAUCACUAGAUUCCAUUCAAUGGGCUAGCUGCUAGCAAUCCAAAUCCACAGAAUUCAAAGCCCAAUAACUACAUCAGCCCAGCCCAUUAACUUAAACCCCCUCACUUUUCCCAACUUCGUCCAUUUCCAUUUUCCGCUGCAUCAACUGCAAAACCUCCCUUUCUCCAUUUUCCAGCUUCACUUUCUCUCUCCUCCUUCUCACCAGAAACCACCAUGGGAGGCAGAGGAAGGAGCCGCACUCAACGGAAACACUUCAAGCAAAGCCGAGAUAACGUCUGGAAAAAUGGCUCCAAAUCCGACGCUUCCUCCGCCGCAGCCGUCGUUGACGGCGAGAACAACUCCGGCGACGCUGAAAGAAGAAGUAGGGAAAACUGGGAGCCAUUGAAGACUCAGAACGCUGUUUUUGAAGAUUAUUAUAAGGAGCAAGGGAUUGUGGCGCCGGAAGAAUGGGAUGAUUUUAUGGAAUGUCUGCGAAAGCCGCUACCGGCUGCUUUCCGAAUCAAUUCCAGUAGCCAGUUCUGUAUCGACAUUCGCUCACAAUUGGAGAAUGAUUUUGUCAAAUCGCUUCAGUCUGAGUUCACUGGUGAUGAAGCAGAAGCUCUAAGGCCAUUGCCUUGGUAUCCAGAGACUUUAGCCUGGCAUUCGGAGUUUUCACGCAAACAGCUGAGGAAAACCCAGACCCUAGAGAGGUUCCACGAGUUCCUCAAGCUAGCUCAUGAAAUAGGAAACAUAACAAGACAGGAGGCUGUCAGCAUGGUACCUCCUCUUUUCCUUGAUGUGCAUCCAAACCAUUUUGUACUUGACAUGUGUGCAGCCCCAGGAUCAAAAACUUUCCAGUUACUUGAGAUUAUUCAUCGUGCAAACGAACCUGGAUCCUUACCAACCGGAAUGGUUGUUGCAAAUGAUGUCGAUAUUCAACGAAGCAAUCUUCUGAUUCAUCAAACAAAGAGGAUGUGCACUGCCAAUUUGAUAGUUACCAAUCAUGAAGCACAGGAUUUCCCUGGCUGUCGGCUCAGCAAAUUUCACCAUUAUUCUUCUGAUAUUCAAUCUGAAAAUGGAUUGAGUAUAAAUCAGCUUGACUUUGAUCGAGUCUUAUGUGAUGUACCUUGCAGCGGUGAUGGUAUUCUUCGGAAAGCCCCUGACAUCUGGAGGAAAUGGAAUGUCGGUAUGGGCAAUGGUCUUCAUUGCCUACAGCUUAAGAUCGCUAUGCGAGGCAUAUCUCUGCUUAAGGUUGGAGGAAGAAUGGUUUACUCUACUUGCUCUAUGAAUCCAGUGGAAAAUGAGGCUGUGGUAGCAGAGAUCCUGCGGAGGUGUGGAGACUCACUUGAGCUCCUUGAUGUCUCCAAUGAACUUCCUCUGUUAGUUCGUCGUCCUGGUCUUAAGAAAUGGAAGGUCCGAGACAAAGGCCUUUGGCUAUCAUCAUACAAGGAUGUUCCUAAAUAUCGUAGACCUAGUAUUCUUUCCAGCAUGUUUCCAUCGGGAAGAAAUAUAGUUGAUUCAUCUGAGAAUAGUGGUGAUCAUGGAGUAGCAGAAGCAAAGGAAGAUGAUAAGAAUGAGGUUGUGCAGCCAAACACUGCACCACUUUCUGAAGUUAAUGAUGAUGAAAUUUCUACUCUUCCUCUGGAACGUUGCAUGAGAAUUGUGCCUCAUGACCAGAAUUGUGGCGCCUUCUUUAUUGCAGUCUUUCAUAAGCAUUCUCCCUUUCCAGUUGUUCAAGAGAAAAAUGGUGAAAAUGCCCAGUUGCUUCAUAAAAGUGAAGAAUCUGCUGAAGGAGCUGGAGAAACAGCAAGCAAUUUGAAUGAUGUUUCGGAAGCAAAGUUAUGUGAAGUAACUUCUAUAGACAAUGCAGAGACGGAUGCAGGUUCUUUGGCCAAUGUGCCCAGCCCAAAAUUGGAAGAGGAAGUAGCUGAGGAUCAACUAGGCCUUGAUAAAGAAGAAACUAGUCCAAAGAAUGUUGGGAAAAAGAGGAAGCUACAAACGCAGGGUAAAUGGAAAGGUGUUGACCCUGUGAUAUUAUUUAAAGAUGAAACUGUAAUCAACAGUAUCAAAGCUUUUUAUGGAAUAGAUGACUCUUUCCCCCUCUAUGGUCAUGUUGUCACAAGAAACAAUGAUACUGACAGUGUGAAAAGAAUCUACUACAUAUCAAAAUCAGUUAAGGAGGUUUUGGAAUUGAAUCUUCUUGUUGGGCAGCAACUCAAGAUAGCUUCCGUUGGCUUGAAGAUGUUUGAGCGGCAGACUUCUAAGGAUGGUAAUGCCACAGAAUGUAGGUAUCGUAUAUCAUCUGAAGGAUUGCCCGUGUUGCUCCCUUACAUAACCAAGCAAAUACUCCUCGCACCAAUUGUUGAUUUCAAGCACCUCUUACAAUACAAGUCCAUCAAAUUUGGUGAUUUGGUUGAUGCUGAACUGGUUGAGACGGCAUCAAAACUAGAACUGGGAUGUUGUGUUGUAGUUUUGAAAGAAGCUGACCAGGUUUCAUCUCUUCCUAUCCAAGUCAAUUCAUCGACGAUAGCAAUUGGUUGCUGGAGGGGGAGGUCCAACUUAAAUGUGAUGGUGACAGGACUCGACUGUAAAGAUCUGCUUGAAAGACUUGAGAAACGCAUGGAAACUGGUAAUGCUGAGAUAGCCGAACCCAAAUGACACUGACAUGAAGGAAGCAAGCAAGAACGACGUUGACAUGAAGGAUGAAGAAACUGUUAACAUGGUAGGGUUAUAGUUUAACAAUACUCUCUUUUCUUUACCUGCCGUAUUCUUUACUUCAAACAAUAGGGAGGAAUUACAAUUUUGUGAUGUUGUAUCUUAUCUCUUGUACUACAUUCAAACAUCUAGUUUUGCAAUCCGAAGAGUGUUUUCUGCUUAUCUUUA